AUGACAUACUUUUCCUACCUGCCUGUGAAGUUGCAAGAAGAAUUACAGCAGACUGCUGAAGCUAUUGUAUGUCAUGGAAAGGGAAUACUGGCUGUCGAUGAAACAAAUGAAGGAAUAGGCGCACUACUUGCACAAGUUGGCUUGGAAAAUACCGAAAACAAUAGACGGAAUUACAGACAGCUACUAUUUACAUCUGAUGAUGUCUUGUCAAGCUAUGUAUCAGCGGUAAUUCUCUAUGAUGAGACUGUAUAUCAGAAGACGGACAGCGGAGUUCGUUUUAUAGAAGUAUUGGGAAAGAAAAACAUAAUACCAGGAGUUAAGGUUGAUAAGGAUGUCGUCCCAUUACCGUAUACGGAUGAAGUAACAACUCAAGGGCUCGACGAUCUAGCGAAGCGCUGCGCCGAAUACAAGAAGCAAGGAUGUCGGUUCGCAAAGUGGAGGGCGCCACUCACUAUAUCAGCCAACGGCCCCUCUGCCCUUGCUAUUGAGAGUACUGCUAAUGUUCUUGCUCGUUACGCCUCAAUUUGCCAGACUGAAGGGCUUGUGCCUAUUGUGGAACCGGAUGUGUUGUUGGACGGCGACCAUGACAUUAUAAGAGCGCAAAAGGUGACUGAAACUGUGCUUGCAGCGGUUUAUAAAGCGCUGAAUGAUCACCAUGUUUACCUCGAGGGAACAUUGCUAAAGCCUAAUAUGGUAACACCAGGAAAAGCAUGCAAAGAACGUAAUACUCCUGAAGAAAUAGCAGUAGCAACGGUCACGGCUCUUUUAAGAGGCGUACCGGCAGCCGUUCCAGGCAUAGCUUUUCUUUCUGGUGGACAGACAGAAGAGGAAGCGACAGUGUACUUGAAUGCUAUUAAUAAAGUGCCUAUGAAGAAACCCUGGGCCCUAACUUUUAGCUAUGGGAGGGCGCUUCAAGCGUCUGUUUGGAAAACGUGGGCUGGACGAGAGGAGAAUUUGAUAAAAGCGCAAACUGAACUUAUUAAGAGAGCUAAGGCAAACAACUUGGCUGCUUUGGGACAAUACAACUUUGAAGGUGCUUAA